ACUUUGCCUUUCGUUCUUUUAUAAUUUUAGCCAAUUUUAGAUUUUCUGUUAGUUUUGUGAAAAAUUGCUUGAAUAACAAUAAAAAAGAGAAAAAUAACGCAAGUUUCGAGUUGGUGUAUUGGCAUUUUAAUGUUAUAAAACCAAAAUGUCGAAAAAUAAAACGAAUUCGAUGGCCACCGCAGAAACAAAUCUUAUCGAAGUGAAAUCAAAGUUUGACGCAGAAUUUCGUCGUUGGAGCUUUAAACGUCAUGGAGAUAUACAAAAUUUUGAGGAUUUUUCUGCCCUCAUUGAAAACCUGCAUAGACUGCAAACCAUACAAUUUAUUAUUUUAUAUAUUGAUCCACGUGACAAUGACCUGUUGCCAAUUAAUAAUGACGAUAACUUCGGCAGAGCGUUGAAAAUUGCAAGGCCAUUGUUGCGCAUCAUUGUGCAACGUAAAGAUGAUUUGGAGGAGUUUCCCGGUUUUGGCACAAUGAAGCCACGUAACAAUCUAAUCAGCAGCAUAUUAGGUCAAACGCCAGUUAAGGCAAAGGCACCAACUAUUUCAAUACCGCAUGAUUUUCGUCAAGUAUCAGCUAUAAUUGAUGUGGAUAUAGUACCAGAGACACAUCGUCGGGUACGAUUGUUAAAACACGGAAGCGAUAAGCCAUUGGGUUUCUAUAUAAGAGAUGGUACGUCGGUGCGAGUAACGGCAAAUGGUUUAGAAAAACAGCCUGGUAUCUUCAUAUCACGGCUUGUUCCUGGUGGCCUUGCUGAGAGUACUGGUCUCCUAGCAGUUAACGACGAAGUUAUAGAAGUGAAUGGUAUUGAAGUGGCUGGCAAAACCCUAGAUCAGGUCACCGAUAUGAUGGUAGCAAAUAGUUCCAAUUUAAUAAUUACAGUUAAGCCGGCAAAUCAGCGCACGCUUACCUCACCAAGACGCGGUUCUUUCUCGCGUACCAGUCAACUAUCUAGCGGUUCACAUCAUACCAAUCAGACUAAUACAUCUGAUGAAAAUGAACAGGAUGACCAAGACGAAGUUGUCGAUCUGACUGGUGUAACACUCGAUGAUCACAACAACGUUGCACAGCAGCCACAACUUCAACAACAGUCAACUGUGCCUUCACCGGCUUUGAUAAUCACGUCACAACAUCACCAAACGGCAUCAACAGCUUCAACAACAGUUGUUGGAGGCGGCGAGUCAAAAGAUGGUGUACUACAUCUUUGAAUGGAAUAGGGAAAGGGACAAAUUUGAAUACUGAGAAUGAAAUGAAAUGACCGGGUUUUUAGAGCAAGGGCGCAAACGAAACUUUUAAAAGUCGAACAAAGAAGUAGUGCGGAGUAUAUAUACAUGCAUUCAUAAUACAUAUAUUUGAAAAAAAAAAUCUAAGUCUACAAAAAUCUAAGAAAUCGUAGGCAUAACAAAUACGAAAAAAGACACAUAUACACACAAAUUUUCAUGCUUCACGUUUUAUUUUUUAUUUCUACAU